GUUGCACAUACUGGAUUCAAAUUAGGAGAAGAAGAAGUAAAUGCCGGAAGAAGAUGAAGUAGUCACCCUGCUUCGUGCAGAGAGCCCGAAUAAAUGACAUUGAGUAACAGAUAUGUCUGCGGGUUCUGUGAGUCGGCUGCUGAGCCGCACAGUGAGCGUGUGUGCUGGAAGUCCUGCCUUCUGGACACGGACGUCGAGAUGUCGUGCAAGAUAUAACAUUAUCGCUGCCUCGUGGCGAUGGUCCCCUUUCUGCACGCCCGUUCACGACACAGGAGAAACUCCUGCUCCAAAGACUAAAAAGCAGACCCCACGAGCUCACGGCUCAGUGGGCAGCAUCGGUCGCAAGAUCCCUCAUCGGCAGAUACAGGUGAUAAGCAGCAGUGGCGAGAACCUGGGCGUCAUGCAUCGUGCAGAUGUGAUCAGACUCAUGGACGAGGAGGGUCUCAAGCUGGUGGCGCUCAGUGAGCACAAAGACCCCCCGGUUUAUAAGCUGAUGAGCGGCAAAAUGAUCCACGAGGAGCAGCUGAAGCAGCGGGAGAAAAUGAAAGUUAAAGCAGCUCCCGUGCAGGUGAAGGAGCUCUCCUUUUCACACGGCAUCGGGUCCGGUGACCUCGCCACCAAGCUGAAACAAGUGGAAAGCUGGCUGGAGAAGAAGAACCACAUCAAGAUCACGCUGCGGUCCGGACGUUCGGGACCUGCAGCCAACCUGGACGCCGCUUUGGAGCAAAUGGCGGAACAAUUAGAGGUACCAUUCGGAUUUGUCUCCAGACCGAAAGUCAUACGGGACGGUAAGGCGGCCACGUGCAUCGUCCGACUGCCUUCGGCAAAGGAACUGGCAGAAAAAGCAAAGGCCGAGUCUGAGAAGUCGUCGAAGGCCCCUAAGAGCACAGCGCCUCCUGGUGACAGCACGGACACGACUUAAGGCUUCGUACGGCAGCAGUGACACGACGGUCAUAAAAAUUUUUCAGGGAAAAAAAAAAUACAUUGCCUGAAUGUCACGGUCAGUUCUUCAGACUAUUUUACUGGAACUACCUGGAACCGUGUUUGAACACCAUCAAGUAUCCGGUUCAUGAAUUUACACCUGUACAAACAUUUAGGCUGGAGGAUGUUCAUGACCUAAUGCAUCAAUAUAUCCUGCUUUGGGUCCUGUGUGUUGAGGGGAGGGGCCUCUGUGGAUCAUCCCACAAAUACUUGAUCAGUUUUUACUUUCACUAGUGAAUUUGGAGGCCAGGUCAACACCUUGUGCUGUUCUUCAUGUUUUUUGAGUUGAAUAUAAAAUGU